AUGAAUAUCGUUGUCCUUUCUGGUGGUACUGCUACAAAUUCAUUGACUCCGUGCUUCUCUGAAAUAAGUGUCUCCAAAGGUUUUGACUUGACAUAUAUUUUACCCAUAUCAGAUAAUGGUGGUUCUACUAGUGAAAUAUUACGUAUCGUGGGGGGUCCAGCCAUUGGUGAUAUAAGAUCACGUAUAGUGAGGAUUAUGAAUGAUCCACAAUUAGUUAAAUUAUUAGGUUACAGAUUAUCUGAAGAUGAAAUUACUGCAAAGAAGGAUUGGAAUAAUAUUGUGGAAGGUACACAUAUUAUCUGGUCUAAUGUUCCCACUGAAGUGAAGGAAAUGUGUCGUGCUUUUUUUAUUCAUAUUCAAUCUGAAUUGUUGAAAAAAAAUAGAUCCUCAAAUAAUUUCCAAUUCGCUAAGGCUUCUUUGGGGAAUAUGUUCUUAACUGGUGCAAGAUUGUUUUUAGGUUCAUUAGAUGCUGCUAUUGAAUUGAUGAUGAGAAUUGGAAGAUGUAGCGAGAAAGUUCAUGUUAUCCCUUGUAUUAAUACUAAUCAUACUCAUCAUAUUUCUGCUGUUUUGAAAAAUGGAACUAUCAUUACUGGUCAAUCACAAAUAUCACAUCCUUCCAAAAUAGUCCCAAAAAAGCCAAUAUUGAAAACAACAAAGGAUCAAUUUAUACAUCUACUAGAGUUAGAUGAUGAUUUAAUGAAUAGUUCAAUGGCUUCGUCUAACGAAAGUCGUAAUGAACAGGGAAAGAAACAAAUAAAUCAAGAAAUAGUAGAAGAAGAAGAAGCUGAAUAUGCAAAUCCUAUAUAUAUCUUACCUGAACUGAAACACUCUCAAUUACACUAUGAUAAAGUUGACGAUAAUGAAAUGUUACCUGCUCCUAUUAAGAAAAUCUUAUAUAUUAACCCAUAUGGUGAAGAGAUUAAACCAAAAGGGAACUCAAGAGCAAUCUCUAAGAUUAAAAAUGCUAAUAUGAUCGUGUAUUCUAUUGGAUCAUUAAUGACGAGUUUAUUGCCAAUUAUUAUCCUAGGAAACCUUGCCGAAGUAAUCCUUGAAGCUAAGCAAACAAGAAAAGUACUAUUAAUCAAUAAUAAAUAUGAUAGAGAAACUUUUGGAUUAGAUGGAACCCACUAUGUUAAAAUGGUGGUCAAAUCGUUAUUGGAAGCUGUUUCCAGCUAUAGACAAUCAAAAGAUCUUCCAAUUGAAUCUCUGAAAAAUAUCACUUGGAGUCAUUUUAUUACUGAUAUCGUUUAUUUAAAACAAUCUGAAAUAAAGAUUGAUGAACCAAAAAUGCUUUCUCAUGGAAUACAUUGUUAUUCUAUCAAUUCAAAUUUAAUGGAAAAUGAUUCAUUAGCAGAAAUUUUAAAAAAUAUCAUAACUCAUCAUAAGAAUUCAAUGUGA